AUGGGUGUGUUUCAAUUGCCCAAGUCUCCGUGUGAGGAUCUUGAAGCCAUGUGCGCAAAGUUUUGGUGGGGACAAGUGGGGAAUGAGAGAAAGAUUCACUGGAAAAGCUGGAGUUCAUUGACUAUUUCCAAGAAAAAGGGCGGCAUGGGGUUCCGGGACUUGAGAUUAUUUAAUCUUGCAAUGUUGGCGAAAAUUUUUUCGGAUAAGUGGCUCCCUAAUCAUCCCACGAACAAGGUUCUCAGUCCUCUAUAUGCAGAAGAUGAGGAGAGGACAGUUUCUGAGCUCAUAGACCCGAAGAUAAGAGAGUGGAGGAGAGAGUUUAUUAUGGCAAAUUUCCAUAAUGAGGAUGCUUAUGCUAUUUGCCGUAGUCCCUUGAGUCAUAGGAGUGUCACGGAUUCAAUGAUUUGGCUCCAUAAUAAAAAGGGUGUGUACUCUGUCAAAUCUGGAUAUCAUGUAGCUAGGCAGAUUAUGCGAGAUGGUGAUGUGGCUGAAAGCUCCUCAGGUCCAAGGGGUCAACAUGUCUGGGCUAAACUCUGGAAUCUUCAUGUUCCAACAAAGAUCAAGGAUGUAUGGGCUGGAAGUCAAGUCAGAUUACAGAAACACACUAGAGAUCAAGGUGACACUCUGCAAUUAUUUGAGAGCUUGCUUGAACGACUCCCUGUAACUGAGUUUGAAUUGUUCUUAGUACAGGCUUGGUUAAUUUGGAACCAAAGGAAUACAAUAGUUUAUGGGGGAAAAUUAAAGGAUCCUAACUGGCUUAACAAAAGAGCAGUGGAGUUUUUGCAGGAGUUUCAACAAGCCCAAGACAAACUGGAUAUUCCAGCAACGCAACCAAGUGUGACCGUGUGGCAACCUCCCCCCACAUCAGUUUUUAAACUGAAUUUUGAUGCUGCUGUUUUUGCUGAGCUUAAGUGUUCAGGCUUUGGCGCAAUUAUUCGAAACGGAAAGGGCAAGGUGAUGGCAGCUAUGUUGAUCAAAGGACCUCCCGUUGCGGAUAGUGAAGAGGCAGAGGUUCUAGCAUGCAGAAAAGCCCUGGAGUUUGCAAUAGAUGUUAGGUUCACAGACUUGAUCAUAGAAGGAGAUAAUGUCAAUGUGAUGCGUUCAAUCUCUUCCCAAGUUCCCUGGCUUUCCUUGCUCGAAGGUAUAUACGGUGAUGUCCUCUGUUUAAUUCAUGGCCUGCACUAG